AACUAAAGAAAUUUCAUUCUCUAUCAAGUCUGCUUUCUGUUUGUUUUCUCCAUAUGGAUAAGGCUCUUCUAGCCAUUUUUCAUUCUUGUUUUCUUUAUUAUACGUUAGGGUUUGUUCAUGGUAUAACCUCAUGUAGUGAUGUCCCUUUUGCUCAAGUAUGCAACGAUUUCAUUGGUCAGAUUCCUGUGCAAACCCAACAUCAAACACCCUUCAUGUUUCGCGAUCAAUCCCUUCUGGUGACUAUGAACCAAGCCACUCUAGCUCACCAAGUGAUCUCAGCUAUGGACUUGAGUUCAUUUGAUCACAAAGCCAAGUUAGCAUGGGCUGAUUGUUUGGAGCUAUACGAGGAUACAAUCGACCAUCUUAAUCGUUCAAUGAGCUCUAGAAAUCCUAUAGACUCUCAAACCUGGCUAAGUGCAGCAAUCGCUAACCAACAAACUUGCCAAAAUGGGUUUAUUGAUUUUAAUAUGACCUCUCAUUUAGAGUCUUUGCCAUUUAUGCUGAUGAGUAACUUGUCAAAGUUGCUUAGAAAUUCACUUGCCAUAAAUAAGGCUAUGCCAUAUAAUACCAAACAACUUGGUGGUCGGCGAUUACUUGCCUAUGGAUUCCCAUCAUGGGUUUCGGCUAGCGACAGGAGACUUCUUCUCCACUCAUCUCGGGGUGCACCUGCAGCUGAUAUUGUAGUAGCUCAAGAUGGGUCUGGUAAUUUCAAGACCAUAUCAGAAGCUGUGGCUGCAUCGGCUAAACGAAGAAGUGGAACUAAGAGAUUUGUGAUAUACGUGAAAAAGGGUGUUUAUAAAGAGAACGUGGAGAUUAAGAAAUCAAUGAAGAAUUUAAUGUUUAUUGGAGAUGGGAUUGAUGCUACCAUUGUUACCGGCAACAAGAAUGCUCAAGAUGGCUCCACAACUUUUCGUUCUGCGACUUUUGCUGUCUCCGGCGAGGGCUUCAUUGCCAAGGACAUGACAUUCGAGAACACAGCAGGACCACAGAAAUACCAAGCGGUGGCACUCCGUUCCGGUUCCGAUUUCUCAGUCUUCUACAGUUGCAGAUUCAAGGGCUUCCAAGACACUCUAUAUGUACACUCUCAUCGACAAUUCUACCGCAACUGUGACAUAUAUGGAACGAUAGACUUCAUUUUUGGUGAUGCCGUUGUGGUUUUACAGAACUGUAACAUAUUCGUUAGAAAACCAAUGAGCAGCCAAAAGAACACCGUCACCGCCCAAUCAAGAAAAGACCCUAAUGAGAACACAGGAAUAGUCAUCCAUAACUCGCGUGUGAUGGCAGCUUCUGAUCUGAGACCAGUGCAAAGAUCGUUCAAGACUUAUCUGGGAAGGCCAUGGAAGAAAUAUUCAAGAACUUUGUUCAUAAAGAGUAACCUAGACGGGCUUAUUGACUCUGAAGGUUGGCUACCAUGGAUUGGGAAUUUUGGUUUGAAUACUCUUUACUACGGUGAGUAUAUGAAUACUGGGAGUGGAGCAAGUACCGUAGGGAGAGUUAAGUGGGCAGGAUAUCAUGUAAUAACAAAGGCAACGGAUGCUGCAAAGUUCACCGUCGGGAACUUUUUGGCCGGAGAUUCUUGGAUUUUGGCCACCGGCGUGCCAUUUUAUUCUGGUUUAUAAGUGAGUUACGAAGGAAAGGAAAGAAAAGGUACAGGCUAAGAUGGUGUUUGUCAACUGUGAUGGGAUAGUGACCUGAAGUAGUUGAAAUAAAUUGCUAGACUCUUUGCUGGUUCUCAUGUAGAUAUAGUUACCAUGGAAGUUGGUAAAAUUAUCCAUGCAUCAUAUGAAGUACUUAAUUAGUGUACUUAAUUAUAUCUAUGUAUACCAAAGAGCAAAGAUAGAGAUGA